UUCUCAUCCUGGGACGCAAACCUCGGAACAGCUGCCGGCGGGGCCCAGCGAGGCCGGCGCAGGGAGGGAGGAGCCGCCCGGGCCCUUGCGCGCCGCGAGCUGGCCGGGCCACUGUGCGCCCGCGCUGCGCCCUCUCUCUCCGGACGCGCGGGCCAAGAAGAAGCCAAAGUUUGCCGCCGCCGCCGCAGUGAGUUGAAGCCCGAGCCGGGCGGCGGCGCCGAGAGCCCCGGCGGCUUCUGUCGCUUCCCGGUAUUGUUUUGUAAACUUUGCUCCCCUCCCCCUUAGUCCCCGGCUCGGCGCAGGCCGCGCUCCCAGAGCAGGGCCGGGGGCGCUGUGCGCAGCGCUCGGGCCAGGCUGGGCGGGAAUGGGCCGAGGCCCGAACAGGGGCGCAGAGCCGGGGCCAACAGCCAGGGCCCGGGAGCGGCGGCUCUGAGGGGCGCGGACCUCCCCGCGGGGACACCUCCGACGCCACCAUGCAACACCUGGACCCCCGCCUGUGGCUGGUGCUGCAGGUGAUGGGUUCGUGCGCUGCCAUCAGCUCCAUGGACAUGGAGCGUCCAGGAGAUGGCAAGUGCCAGCCCAUCGAGAUCCCCAUGUGCAAGGACAUUGGCUACAAUAUGACCCGCCUGCCCAACCUGAUGGGCCAUGAGAACCAGCGCGAGGCCGCCAUCCAGCUCCACGAGUUCGCGCCGCUGGUGGAGUACGGCUGCCACGGCCACCUCCGCUUCUUUCUGUGCUCGUUGUACGCGCCGAUGUGCACCGAGCAGGUCUCCACGCCCAUCCCCGCCUGCCGCGUCAUGUGUGAGCAGGCCCGGCUCAAGUGCUCCCCCAUCAUGGAACAGUUCAACUUCAAGUGGCCCGACUCGCUGGACUGCAGCAAACUCCCCAACAAGAAUGACCCCAACUACCUGUGCAUGGAGGCGCCCAACAAUGGCUCCGACGAGCCCAGCCGGGGCUCGGGCAUGUUCCCGCCUCUCUUCAGGCCGCAGCGCCCCCAUGGCGCACAGGAGCACCAGCUGAGGGACGGGAGUCCAGGGCGCACGGGCUGCGACAACCCCGGCAAGUUCCACCACGUGGAGAAGAGCGCGUCGUGCGCGCCGCUCUGCACGCCCGGCGUGGACGUGUACUGGAGCCGCGAGGACAAGCGCUUCGCUGUGGUCUGGCUAGCCAUCUGGUCCGUGCUGUGUUUCUUCUCCAGCGCCUUCACGGUGCUCACCUUCCUCAUUGACCCGGCCCGCUUUAGGUACCCGGAGCGCCCCAUCAUCUUCCUGUCCAUGUGCUACUGUGUGUACUCGGUGGGUUACAUCAUUCGCCUGUUCGCGGGUGCGGAGAGCAUCGCCUGUGACCGGGACAGCGGGCAGCUGUACGUCAUCCAGGAGGGGUUGGAGAGCACCGGCUGCACCCUGGUCUUCCUGGUGCUGUAUUACUUCGGCAUGGCCAGCUCUCUGUGGUGGGUGGUCCUCACGCUCACCUGGUUCCUGGCCGCUGGCAAGAAAUGGGGCCACGAAGCCAUCGAGGCCAACAGCAGCUACUUCCACCUGGCAGCCUGGGCCAUCCCGGCUGUGAAGACCAUCCUGAUCUUGGUGAUGCGUCGGGUGGCAGGGGAUGAGCUCACCGGUGUGUGUUACGUGGGCAGCAUGGAUGUGAACGCUCUCACCGGCUUUGUGCUGGUCCCGCUGGCUUGCUACCUGGUCAUCGGCACUUCCUUUAUCCUGUCUGGGUUCGUGGCCCUGUUCCACAUCCGGAGGGUCAUGAAAACUGGAGGGGAAAACACAGACAAGCUAGAGAAACUCAUGGUGAGGAUUGGAGUCUUCUCCCUGCUGUACACUGUGCCUGCCACCUGUGUGAUCGCCUGUUACUUCUACGAAAGGCUCAACAUGGAUUACUGGAAGAUGCUGGCCGCCCAGCACAAGUGCAAAGUGAACAGCCAGACCAAGACGGUGGACUGCUUGAUGGCUGCCUCUAUCCCUGCGGUUGAGGUCUUCAUAGUGAAGAUCUCCAUGCUUCUGGUGGUGGGCAUCACCAGUGGCGUGUGGAUCUGGACUUCCAAGACCCUACAGUCCUGGCAGCUUGUUUGCAGCCGGGGGCUAAAGAGAAAGAGCCGGAGGAAACCGGCCAGCGUGAUCGCCAGCUCAGGGAUUUACAAAAAAGCUCAGCACACCCAAAAACCUCAGCUGGGGAAAUAUGAGCUCCCUGCCCAGCCUCCGGCCUGUGUGUGAAGGGGCCUGGAGGGACCAGAGCACAGGGAAAGGCCCAUGGUGGGCUGAUUGGUUUUUAAAAUAAAAGUUAAAAAAAUAUAUAUAUAUAGACGUAUAUAUAUAUAUAAAUAAAAUGUUUUUACCUUGCAGUUCAGGAUGCUGUGAUAAGCUGAAAGUAAAGACCUACUUAAAGGGUCUGGUUUGUUUUGUGUUCCCCUGGCAGGAGGUUCCUCAGCUAAGGAGCCUCUUGUAUGACUAAUUUGUGGUGUAGUUAGUUGAUUGAGCCCUUAGAAGAAAACUUACUGCCUAGAAUUUGCUGCACACUUACAAAGGAGGCCAGAUAACUUCUUGGCAAACUAAAUCGACUCACUUGGGUUAGAAAAUGAACCAUCCCAGGGCCCUCACCCGGGAAGGCUGCUGUGUGUGUGGACAGAAGGAUCCCAACCGUCUUCACACUCCUCACUGAGGAGGCUUUGGGGUGUCUUAAAAUAGACUCCAGCCUCCACAGAUCUAUUCUCCAAGACAGAAACCUACCCCCAAUUGUCAAUCCCAAUGAUGUGCAAUACGUUUCUUU